UCAAAUUUCAUCUUCAACGCCUCCUCUGCCUCUCUCAUCCAUCCAUGUCCAACCCACUCAUUCUUUCUCCCUCCACUUUCUGACCGCCCCCCGCCGCUCCGCCAUGGACUCCACUCCCAAGAAGAAACCCACCACCAACCCUCCGCCGCCUCCUCCUCUCCCCAAAUUCGAGGAUUCCCCCGUUUUCAACUUCAUUAACAGCCUCUCACCCAUCAAGCCUCUGAAAUCCAUCCACAUUACGCAAACAUUCAACUCCAUUUCCUUCCCUUCCCUUCCAGUUUUCACUUCCCCCAAAAGGCCGAAUUUUCCCAACCCAUCCAGAUCCUCCCCACCAGUUUCUUCAAAUGAAGGAGCCGUUAUAAUAAUGGAUCAAUUACUCGAGAUUUUCGUGCCGGAAAUUCCUACCGCCGACCACGCUGCUACUCCCGGAAUGCAGCCGCCGGAGACUGUCAAUCCCGACGCCGGUGAGGUUGGGAUUAGCUCAGAAGCUAUGGAGUUGGGGAGUGAUGAAGCCGAAGAUGAGAAUUGUGAUUCGUUUGGAAACAAGCCUCUCCUUAACCUACAGAGCGGGAACAUGCCGAGGCGAUGUCUAGAUUUCGAAAUGGCGGGAACGCCCAACACGGCGGCGACGGCGACGGCGGGCGGCGAUGGUUCAAUCCGUGGCUCUUCUUCUUCUUCUUCUUCAUUUCGAUGCACUCUGCCUGGAAUCGGUUUGCACUUGAAUGCUAUUGCAGCGACUUUGAAGCAUGAGAAUCUGAGUCAUCCCAGCUCCUCUGCAUCUAUUUCUAGUCCUAAUUCCGUUCAAGAUCAACCUCUUAUGACUUCAUCGGCUACUGAAAUUGAAAACCCUUCUCAUGAACCUGCGAAUCUGAAUGGGGAAAAUCUCAAUCUCAUCAACCCUAAAAAGAAUGGGACAUUGAUGGAAAAUGCUGAAAUUGGUGCGUGCAAACGUUGUAACUGUAAGAAAUCUAAGUGUUUGAAGCUCUAUUGUGAAUGCUUUGCUGCUGGUGUGUACUGCAUUGAUCCAUGUUCAUGUCAAGAGUGUUUCAACCAACCGAUACACGAAGCCAUGGUUCUUGAGACUCGUAGACAGAUCGAGUCUCGCAAUCCACUUGCGUUUGCUCCUAAAGUGAUCAUGAACUCGGAUUCUUUUUCUGAACUUGGGGAUGAUUCGAACAAGACUCCAGCUUCAGCGAGGCAUAAACGAGGAUGCAACUGUAAGAAAUCAAGUUGCUUGAAAAAAUACUGUGAAUGCUAUCAGGGCGGUGUUGGGUGUUCCAUCAACUGCAGAUGUGAAGGUUGUAAAAACGCAUUUGGAAGAAAAGAUGAAUCAGCUGUAAUAGAAACUGACACUAAACAAGAGGAAGAAGGAAGAGAACAUUGCCUAAAAAAUGCAGAAGUACAGAAAGAUGAAGACCAGCAGAACUCUAACAGUGCUGUUCCCUCGACACCGCUAGGACGAUGCAGAUCAUUGAUUCCACUACCAUUCCAAUUGAAGAGGAAACUUCCAUCUUUCAUUGACGACGAAUCCUCGUAUCGAUUGAGUGUUCGAUUCAAACUCGAGAAGCAAGGCAUCAUUCAAACAGAGACCAAGUUUGAGAAAACCCCCAGUGCAGAUGUGAUGCCAGAAACCAUCUGUAAUGGUUGCUCUUCCAGCACAGGUGUUGUUAAGAGUGUUUCUCCCAACAGUAAGAGGAUCACUUUACCUCCACCACAGGGCGACUUCCGGCCACUGCCAUCGACUCGAAUCGGCCGGAAAUUGAUACUGCAGUCCAUACCCUCCUUCCCCUCUCUCACGAAUCUAAACUCAAGAGUGAAUGGACCCAGUGAACUGUGAAGAAGUCCAGGCCAUAUCCUCUUCCUUCUUAGCCAUUACUGACACCUCAACCUCUGACGAUCUGGGUAUCAAUUUGACUUGCCUAUGAUGCCAAAACAUUGGUACCUAUUUCCCCUUGAUUUUAUCAUAAAGUUUAGGACUAAUGUAAUGGGUUCAUUUAGUCUUUCCUGAUACUUAUCAGACACAAUUCCAUUUUAUAAUUCAUUGGUUUAGGUUAUAUGUAUUCUACUUGUAACCAUAAGAUUUGUCAAACUAGGUUAAAGGUUCUCUUAUUUCUCUAAGAAAGCAAAGAUUAUGUAUGGUUACUCUUGAAUAA